GGAACCGGAGCAGCGGUCGUGUUCUGUGACGUGUGUUUCUGCACCUGGGCCCCUCCUCUCGUCGCCGGGGGUUGAUGUCACUGGCAGCAGCAGGGUGCUCCGGACAGGACGCGAGGAGUGUGGGUAGAGCCGCGCACACGAACCCUGGAGAUCCACGGUGAGAGGAGGGGAAAGUGGGCGAUGUUGCAGCCUGUGUGUUGUUUAUGGACGUUUCGGGGAGGCUGCUGAUACGGUCCGUCCACGCUGAGAGUCGAGUCCGCAGGAUUUUGUAGAUCACUUCUUCAAAAAAAAAAGGAAUACAAAAAAACCCCCAAACAUGUCGUCUCCAAGUCCGGGCAAGAGGCGAAUGGAUACCGACGUGGUGAAACUUAUUGAGAGCAAGCACGAGGUCACGAUCCUCAGUGGACUCAACGAGUUUGUGGUCAAGUUCCAUGGACCACCUGGAACGCCAUAUGAAGAAGGCGUGUGGAAGGUUCGGGUGGACCUGCCAGAUAAAUACCCCUUCAAAUCUCCAUCAAUAGGAUUCAUGAAUAAAAUCUUUCAUCCCAACAUUGAUGAAGCGUCAGGCACAGUCUGUUUAGAUGUCAUUAACCAGACUUGGACAGCUCUCUACGACCUCACCAACAUCUUUGAGUCGUUCCUCCCUCAGCUGCUCGCCUACCCCAACCCCAUCGAUCCUCUGAACGGAGAUGCAGCCGCCAUGUACCUGCACCGACCAGAGGAUUAUAAACACAAGAUUAAAGAGUACAUCCAGAAGUACGCCACAGAGGAGGCUCUAAAGGAGCAGGAGGAGGGAGGGGGCGACUCUUCCUCCGAGAGCUCCAUGUCAGACUUUUCGGAGGACGAGGCUCAGGACAUGGAGUUGUAGUGAAGGGGGGGGGGGAUCCCGCCCACUUCACCUCACAACAGACUAUUAUUUCCUAAAGAGCAGAAAAACUCAGUACUAUAUUCAUAUUUAAGACAAUUUUUUACAGCAAGACAAACGAUUUUUAUUGCUACACAAGGAUUUGCAGUGUGAUAUCGCUGAAUAUUAACCCUUACUUAGGAAUUCACGACCGCCUGCCCCCUCCUCUUCACACCAACAGCUUAGAAAGGAGUUCGUCAUUCAAUCCCAUGAUGUCCUGAGCAGUGAGACCAACUGGGAGCAGGACUGUGAUCGAAACACAACUAGACUGUUUACACUCUGUUUCCUCUUUGGAUCCACGACCUGCAGCUCAUCAGCUCUUCUGUUGUAACACGCUCUCGUUUUCUUUUUUUAGUUUUUAUCCAACAUUUCAUUUAACUCGCUCACAGACGUCUGCAAAUCCCAAUCCAUUAUUUCUAAGCAGACUCAAAAUUCAGAAGAGCACCCCCCCCCAGAGGCUAGACCCCAGAGGAUCUACCAUUACAAUCAUCACCCCUAAGGAGCUGAGGACCAGAGGAGCUAAGGACCUGAGGACCAGAGGACCUGAGGACGGCGUGGCUGCGGACGCUCUCCCAGCUGACACCUCACACACACCAUCAAACAACCAAUGCAUCAACCAUAAAACGCCAGUGUGUGUUUGUAUGUGAUCCAGGGAGAAGCAUGGCGUUUUGAUAACCUGUGUCGCAAUGACCACUGACCACUCAGCAGAAGUGGGGGACAAGGUUCAUGAUCCUGAUCUUCUCAUUUUCAACACCAUUCCCCUCCUCCUCCUCCUCCUCCUCCUCCUCCUCCUCCUCCUCCUCUCCGUUUUAGGAAAGUGUUUGUCAUUCUCUGAGUACCUUUGUAUAUUGUGGCAUGACACAGAAGUGAAGUUUGUGUAGGGCUUUGUGGAGCUGUAACGCUGUAGACAUGAAGAGGAUGCCUGCGUCUUCUGUGAGCCGGGCGGGGUUUGUCGGGGGAUUAACCAGUUCCUUGUUGAAUUGUUGAACUUCUUACAUUUGCCUAUUGCUUGUGUUGAACUAUAAUAGGUGUUUGACUUGCGUAGGGAUAGUUAGUUUUUUUGCGGGUGGUGAAUUCUAUCAUAAUGUAUGGUUUAAUACUUAAUGUAACCCACUAGUUUAAAGACUAAUGUCCUGUGAAGAUGAGAAGAGUUAAUACAUCUUUGUCUGUGGGAUAACUCUGAUGAAUCAAAUCCUGCAAAGACGUGUUGCACCCCUGCAUCCCCUUCUUAUGCAAAUCUGUCCCUAGAAGAUGAUUUACGUUGUCAGACAGAAGUGCUCUUUGUUUCAGCCAUUCAACGCUGUCGCAUUUCCUUUUGUCGUGCUGUUGAUGGUCUGUUGUUUUCCGAGAUGGCGGGACCAAAUUAUAACAAAUCUACAAGCCUAAUUUUUUUUAUAUAUAUAUAUUUCUCCCCGAAAAAAGAAAAAACAUGCAGGAAUUCCUCCUCAGACUCGAUUUGAGAAUAAAGUGUUAGUGUUUUCAAAGUGUCAAACUCCUGCGUGGCCAUCUCCGAUGAGUUAAAACUCAAAGCACAGGUUUGUUCUUUUUCAGAUUCAUAGCUUUGGUCCUGAUUUAACCCUGAAAAGGUUCACGUGUCUGUCAGCAGUUGUGCAGAGGAGGUGUUAAGAGAGAAGUGACAGUUUGCUGUUAAAUUUCCUGACCGUCUGUGUUAUGCAGCCUCCAAGCCUAAUACUUGUUUGCAGCGUGCACUCAAUGCACCGCAGACCUGUGUGUAGUUUUUGUUGUUUCUGUAAGAAAGCAAAAGUUAUCUUACUUCAUCACCAUCAACAUGGGCUAUUCCUUCCUGUUUGGAGAAAAAAAAAGGAUUAUAGUCAAACUUGAAUUAAUAAAAAAUAAUCCCUUUAUAAUUUUUUUAAUGAUAUCAGGAUCUCUUCCACGGUGUCUUGCAAGAGGGUUUACCUUCAUUUGAGAAUAAGAUAGGUUACUAAAACCAGCAUGUCACAGUUUUUGACAUGGAAUUAAAAUGUAUUUGUUAAAUAGUUAAAGUGGCUGGAUUUAGCCUUGGUAACCAAAUAUAUGUUGGUGUAAGUCUUAGGAAGACAUGAUACAGUCAGUUCUCACAAAAACAAUCCACUGUCCAGCCUUGUUGUUUGUCAUCAUCUGGAUUCAUCAGUGUAUUAUGUAUUUUUUAUUAAUGAGACAUAUAUCUGAUGCCUAUUAUUUGUUUGAAUGUUUUUAUUUUUGUCUUUUAA